UCUAAUUUAUAAUUUCAUGAUACACUGAUUAAUAUUACUGAUGAUUCUCGACUCCUUUCUAUUUCCGUAGUUCCCUCCAAUUUUUAUCAGUUAAAACACAGAGACGUUAAUAAUGAGGUGUUAGUUUUACACAGUUGAAAAUAAUAAAAUAAUAAUAGUACGAAGUUAUCUUAAUUGUAAAAUUUAUAAAUCUUUAACACAAUUUUUUGGUCGCAUUAAUAGUAUAUAUAUAUAUACAUAUCUGCUUAAUGAAGUUGAGGUUAUGUUAUUAAAUAUGACUGAAAAACAAAAGGUAUUAAUGUGUGGAGAUGUAGAAGGUCAUUUUAAAUUUUUAUUUAAUAAAAUUGAUGCUAUCAAUAAGAAAAGUGGACCUUUCGAUUUUCUGCUAUGCGUGGGUAAUUUUUUUGGCAAAAACAACGCAGAACUUGAAGACUAUAAGAAUGGUAUAAAAAGUAUACCAGUUCCAACUUAUAUUAUUGGUGCAAACAGGGAUAGUGAUUUAAAUAAUUAUCCAGACAUUGAUGGUUGCGAAAUAUGUCAAAAUCUUACUUAUCUUGGAAAACGCGGAUUGUACACUGCUAGUUCUGGACUUAAAAUAGCUUACAUCAGUGGCAGAGAAAGUAAUUCUUCAGAAGUAAAUCCUGUGUACUUCAAUGAAAAUGAUGUAAUAUCAAUUAAACAGGCAUGUUUGAAAGGCCAACCUAGUUUCCGUGGAAUUGACAUUUUGAUGAGCUCUCCCUGGCCUACUGAUAUUACAAAUUUUGAUCCUAAUAAACCAAACUUUAAAUAUCAUGGUUCAAAAUUAAUUGCAUGGUUGGCUGUUCAAGUAAAACCAAGAUAUCAUGUCUCAGCAUUGGAGGGUAUUCAUUAUGAGAGACCUCCAUACAGGAACCAGAGUUUACAAGAAGGAAAUAUCGAAAUUGCAACAAGAUUUAUAGCACUUGCACCUGUGAUAAACAGUCAAAAAAAGAAAUGGUUGUACGCAUUGCAUUUAACACCUGUUGACAGAUCUCGUUUAUCUGAGUUACUUAUGAAAACUACAGAUGAAACAAAUUCUCCAUAUCCCAAAUCAAUGCUAUCAAGUGAACCAUCAAGAACAAAAUUAGAACAACCAAAACAUACACAGUUUUUUUAUGACAUGGAAUCUCAAGAGUCUACUAAAAGAUCAAAAUUUUCUGGAGGUCCAAACAAAAAACCAAAACGCGAAUUUGAUCAAGCUAAGUGUUGGUUUUGUUUAUCCAGUCCUGAAGUUUCUAAGCAUUUAGUAAUAUCUGUUGGAACAGAAGUAUAUGUUGCACUUGCUAGAGGUGGACUAGUUGAGAAUCAUUUUCUAAUUCUACCAAUAACCCAUCAUCAAAGCCUGUCUAUUCUACCAAAAGAAGUAAACGAUGAAAUUGAACAGUAUAAGAACGCAAUAACCAAAUACUAUGCCACUAUGGAUAAAGUACCUGUAUUUUUUGAACGUAAUUUCAAAACAUCUCAUUGCCAAUUGCAAGUUGUACCUGUUCAUAAAAAUCAAGCACCAGCUUUGAAAGAAACAUUUAAAGAAAUGGCAGAAUGUAAUAAUUUUAAUAUAACAGAAUUACCUUCACACACAGAUUUACAGCAAAUUGCAAAACCAGGUGUUCUAUAUUUUUAUGCAGAAUUGCCAAGCAGAGAAAAACUAUAUUGUAGAAUAAAAAAAGAUUUUCCACUACAGUUUGGUAGGGAAGUAUUAGCUUCAGAUAGAAUAUUAGAUCUUGGCGAUCGAAUUGAUUGGAAAGAUUGUCAAUUGGAUCAAGAGGAAGAAACUGAAUUAGCAAAACGAAUUAGAAAAGAUUUUCAACCAUUUGAUUUAGAUACUUAAAGAUGUACAAAGAUUAUAUUGUAACAUAUGGUUUUUUGUAAAAUAUAUAGAAAAGCUGGAUCCAAUCCACUUAGUUUCAUUUGGAGAGCUAUGUCAAAUAGAUAAUCAUAACAUUCCGUCCUAAACAAAAAAUAUUUAAUGAGUAAAAAUAAAAAAGACAAGUUAGUAUUAAAUUAAUGCAUACAUAGUUUUUGCUUGCUGCCAUGUAUCUCCCCAAACAUAUACACCAUGUCUUCUUACUAAAACGGCACAAGUUUCGGGGUAGGCAAGAAUAGUUUUAUCUAAUUCAUCUUUUAAAUCUUCUUCAAAUGGAGUAUUUUCUAUUAUUGGCACUACUAAUUCUUCAUCAUAACGAUAUGCCUUUCCCAAUUUUUGAUUCCUUAUUCCUACAUUAUAUAAUAUUGAUAUACUUUCAUAAAUAAAUAAAAAAAUGCAUUCAUAUAUAUAAUUGUAUAUAUAAUUUAAUAUACCUUUUAUCAUUUCAAGAUGAGUAACACGAAAUUCUUUUCCAGGCCAGUGUAAUGUUACCAUUACAGCAAAUUUUGAAUGAGUGUGAAUUACAGCUCCAGCAUUUCUCCUUGUAUAUGCACAUAUAAAUAAUGGAGUGCAUUGAGAUUUCUUUAAUUUUUUUUCUUUUGGUGGUAAUUCUAAAUCAUUUCCACUAAUAUCUUGUACAAACAUUUCAUCUGGACAGAUACGUUCUUUUUGAACACCGGAAGGAGCAAUAUAAAUUUUGUCUCUAAAAAUAUUAUUAAAUAUUAACCGGUUAUAAUUUUAAUACAAUUUACAAUUUUAAUAUCGACUAUAAUUAAAAAAUAUUUACCCC